AGCCAGAUGUUGCAAGAUAUUCAGUGUCAUGAGGGGAAAAAGCCAAGGAAGUGCAGCAGUUACUACAAACACACAUAAACAGCUCAAGAAACAGGAAGAGAAUGGUCACAAUGGCCACAUACACAAAAGUUUUCUACAUUUUAAUCAGGUUUUGGCUCAUUUUAGGUGUUGAAUGCUACAGUGGUGGGUCAUAUCAUGUAUUAACUAUUAAGUCUGGAGGAUCUGUCACCAUCCCAUGUCAUUAUGAUGAGAAAAAACCACCGCAGAAGAAAUACUGGUACUCAGACAACACUCUAUCUAAUAUAUACACAAACACAACAGAGGAGAAUCUGUCAGUAAUUGAUCAUCCUGAUCAGAGUCUCUUUACUGUGACUAUGAGAAACCUGCAGUAUAAAGACACUGGAGAUUAUUAUUGUGCUGUGGAGACUGAAGGACAGACGACAAUUACAUAUGAUCUUUACCUUAGGGUUCAGUCUGCUCCUGAUGUGUCUGUAGUGAGCAGCAGUGUAUCUGGACAUGAAGGUGGUAAUGUCAGUGUCCAGUGUUUCUACAGUUUUGGAUAUAAGUAUGAACUCAAACAGUGGUGCAGAUAUAAAGAUCAGAGCUGUUACACAGUGGGGAGGACUGAUACAUCCCAGAGAUCAUCAGUCCAGAUCAGUGAUGAUGUUAGGAAUAGAUCCUUCACUGUGCUGAUGACUGGACUGAGACUCAGUGAUUCUGGAUGGUUCUUCUGCUCUGCUGGAGAGGCAAUGAAUCCUGUUCAACUCACUGUAAUUGAGGCAGAACCAGUAAGUGUGACCGGCACUGAGAAGGACAAGCGUUUCUGUCUGUCACAGAACUAGAGAUUUCUCCACAUCGACCAGAAAGAUCAGAUGAUUAUAAACUGCUUUUUCUGCUUUUUGAUGUAUUAGACGUCUACAUUUGCUAAAUGCCUAAAUGUCGGAAAUGUAUUUUUUCUUGUAUCAAAAGUGACUAAUAAUUGAGGAAUAUACCAAAUAAAACUGAAU